CAUGUCAAGAAUUUGACAGUUUCACAUAUUUAUCCAAUUUUCACACGAGAAAGUGACUUGUGUCUAAGGAUUUUUAUUACUAGAAAAUAGUGUUAUUUGUCCCAUAAAGCUGUGUAUCCCUAGAAUACAUGCCUUGAUUUAAAAAUCGUAUUUAUCAUCUUGAAAAUUGUUUUUCUAAGCGGAGGUGGCAUGCGUAAAAUGCGAAUGAGAUAGUGCGUUUACCGUCCAGUACACCAAUCCGAAGCCAUGAGUAAUGCAGGAGGCCCCCAGAUAAUGAAUAACUUGCCUCCAGGAGUGAAUCCUGAGAACAACUUGCUGCCAGGAGGGCCAAUACUGAAUGCAACAAUGAAUCGUAAUAGAAACAAUAAUCAAAAUCCUCUGUUCAAUGUGAGAGAAAGGCUGUUUCAUGCUUUGUUUUUUAAGUUUGCUGUGGCCUAUGCAAGGACAUUUCCGAGGCCAGUGAGGAGGUUCUUUGAGUUCCUGGUGCUGUUGAAAGCGAUUGUGGCUUUCUUUGUGCUUGCAUAUAUUCAUAUAGCAUUUUCAAGAACACCAACAACCUGCUUGAACCAUGUGAAGGACUCGUGGCCUAGAGAUGGCAUACUGAGGGUAGAAAUAUUAAGGAAUCCCGCUCAUGACUAUAGUAUUGAGCAGAGUUAUGCUAAGGAGCAUAAAUUGAAAAAGGAAAAGGAUGAUGUCCCAGUGUUGGGAAUUUUAGCUUCUGAAGGGUUCAUCAAUUUAGAGUCAUCAAGCAGCAAUGAAAUCAACCGUGAUGAUUUCCUCGCCGAUGGCACAGACUUUGGGAACCUAACAGCGAUCCGUCACGAGGGCAGCGAUGCACGGGCCCGUAUCAUGGAAACUGUCUACAACAAACCCAAGUCUGAAAACGCGGAUCCCGCUCCGGAUCCAGUUACGGAUCCAGUCGAGGAUCUGGAUGCUGAUCUCAAUGCUACUAUAGUUUCUGGAGAGGAUGUGGAGCCUUCCUCGUCUAUUUGGGAAGGGAUUAUGGGGCUGGUGGAAGAUCUGGAUAGGGAGAAAAUUUUAGAGGAGGUUUUGGAUGAAGGAGCCUCAAAUGAUUCAUCGAAAGAUGAUGACUAUAUAUUGGAGUACUCCCUAGAGUAUGGUUUUCUCCGUCUCUCACCAAACGCCCGUUUACGUCUCAAGAUCCCAGUGAAGAUAGUCACAUUAGACCCGAGUAAAGACGAAUGUUUCGGCGAUCCCUUUUCGAGAUUCGUCCUUGACGAGUUUCUUGGCUAUGACGAUCUCUUAAUGGCGUCGAUCAAGUCUUUAGCUGAGCAGGAGGACAACAAGGGCUAUUUGAGGAAUGUGAUCACUGGCGAGCACUACCGUUUCGUGUCGAUGCUGACCGCCCGAAGCUCCUACAUAGCGGCGUUUUUCAUCAUGCUCGUGUUUACGGUGUCCAUAUCUAUGCUACUCCGCUACGCUCACCACCAGAUCUUCGUUUUUAUAGUGGAUCUCCUUCAGAUGCUUGAGUUUAAUGUGACCGUGUCCUUCCCAGCCGCUCCUCUGCUAACAGUCAUUUUAGCGCUAGUCGGAAUGGAAGCUAUAAUGUCGGAGUUCUUCAACGACACAACAACGGCUUUCUACAUUAUCCUGAUCGUCUGGAUCGCCGACCAGUACGACGCGAUUUGCUGCCACACCGCCAUUGCCAAAAGACACUGGCUCAGAUUCUUCUACCUGUACCACUUCUCGUUCUACGCGUACCACUACCGCUUCAAUGGGCAAUAUAGCAGUCUUGCGCUUGUUACCUCGUGGCUCUUUAUACAGCACUCCAUGCUGUACUUCUUCCAUCACUACGAACUGCCCGUGAUACUACAACAAGCUCAACUGCAACAGUUGCUGCUUCGUACUCAUCACGGUAUGGGCGGUAUGGUAGGGUUGGCAGGUAUCGCCGCUCUAGCCAGCGGAGCUGCUUAUCAUGACGCCCCCGGCACCGGCACCGGCACUCAAGCUACUCCUCCGACGACUCAGUCGACCACGCAAACUGUUCAAGAUACUACACAAUCCACCACGCAGACAACCCCUGAGGUUUCUACUGCUCAAACGAAUACUACUCAUACGGGUGACGUGGUCUCCUCAAGAUCUGUAGCCGCAGAAACAACAGCUACUGGUACCAACACUGGUACCAUUAAUGAGAACGUGGAAAGCCCUUUAACAACUUUAAUAGACUCAAUCAGUCCUGAUGGUGAAAAUAAUAUAAAAAUAGAAGAGAUCUCGAAAAGAACUCCCGAAAUGAAGAAAGUUGUUAGCAGCAGUAAUGUCACUAAUGCCAUUCCCAAUAGUGAUACGAAUCCCGCUCCAGACGCGACUGGUGAGGAGGUUAUCAACAACGUUCAAGAUGAAACGUCUACUUUAGACCGUCGACGAAAAGUGAGCGGCGGCAUGUCCGAUACCGAUCCUCCUUUACUGUCGACGACUGCCGACGAUGUGGCUGCCGAAAUAAGGGCCCCCGAUCCCUCUGAGGCUGACGAAUUAGACUAAUGAAUCUUACUUAUUCUUAUACUUGUCAACUUUGCAUCGAGUAUUCCCCAUUCAGUCCCCAUUGAUCAAUCCGCUUACGUGAUUAUUUUAUGACAUCUAACAAUAAUUUAAAAUGUAGUAGGAUUUAUACUGCAGUGUUUUCUCUUUUCCCCUUACUUGUCACAACGGAAGACUGGUGAACAACAUCAUUUCCUGUAGAACGAAGAACGUUGUUCUUAGAAACUUGUUAGUGAUUUUGUUGUAGGUUUAUCGUAUGUAUGUUUUGAAAGGUGAUUGUAGUAUAUAAGUCUAUGUAUGCCACUACGGCAAUAUGUAAAUAAUUUGAUGUCGAUACAUAUUUAUUAGGAUCUUAUUUUUGUUAAUUCCGUUUGUUAAUUUGAAUAUGCUUAGUGGAUGGCGCUAGAAGUUGGCAUACUCUAUUCAGUGAUUUAGUUACUACAAUAAAAUAAUUUGAGUCAU